AUGCAUGACAUUCUAGGGGGAACCAACCCCUCAGCUAGAGCCAUGACAGGGAUAGUCAAUAGCCCUGCAGCCAAUGGUGAAGUACCAUUUCCCAAACCAAAUGGAGCAGUUCUGCCAUUUAACAAUAGGGUACCCCAGAACAGCAACAACAAAAACAACAGUAUUCUAAGCAACAACAACAUUCCUUUUCUCACUGGACUUAGUGGAGCUACCCAAAAUGUGGUAACAAAUAAUAACAAUGUUAUACCUAGUGCAAGAAAGAACACAGAUUUACGUGCACUUGGACUCUUUCCGGGAGGCUCCUCACUCCAAAACCUCAUGUUUGGCACAAUGAGUGUGUUUGAUGAUCAGCUGACUGAAGGGCAUGAGCUAGGGUCUGGUUUGGUUGGCAAGGCACAAGAUUUCUAUGUGGUGAGUGCUGAAGAGGGUACUAGUCAGACGGCUUUCACUGCUAUGUUUGAAAGUGGAGGUAGCCUUAGCUUCUCUGGGGUGCACCGUGUGGCUGUUUCAGAGUCUCAUUUGGCCAUUACGGGUGGCAACGGAAAGUAGGUUGAUGCGAAAAGGUUUGCCAUCAUUAAGACCUUCCCGGCUACCAAUGAGCAACAAACCGAUGGAGUACAGAGUUUGUUGCAGUUCACUAUUUAUAUUACAUACUAG